UAACUACCAAACAUGCUUCAACUUUAGUCUCCCCACUUCUAUAAAAACACCUUCAGAAAACCUUCUCUUUCAAUUCCCCCCUUUCAAAAAUUCAAUUCAAUGGCUUCAUCUCAAAACAACCAUCUUUUCCACUGGAACUACGCCGAGCUCGGUGACCAUGGCUUCCAAAUCCGUGGCCGAACCCUCUUCUUCACUGUCCUCUUCAUCAUCAUCAUCGUUAUUUCCGUCCUUAUCUUCUUUUUCACCCGAUGGGUAUGUAGUUUCUAUCGAGACGCGCCGUCUCCAACCUCUCACUCGCCGCCUCCGCCACCGAAUCGUGGUCUAGACGUUGCUGCCAUUAAUUCUUUGCCGGUAACUAUGUUCACGGACGGUGAAGCGCUUGGGAGUGAGUGUUGUAUCUGUCUUGGUGUGUUCGAAGAUGGUGAGAAGGUUAAGGUUUUGCCGGUUUGCAAACAUACGUAUCAUCCACAGUGUGUUGAUAGGUGGCUCAGUGCUGAAUCGAGUUGUCCGCUUUGUAGAAGUUCAGUCCGAGUUGACUCAGAUCAGCUUCAAAUUGUAAUUCAAUAACAAGGAUGACGACGACAACAACAACAGCAACCAAAAUUAACAAAAAAAUGUUUUUAAUAUUUAAAAAAUAUUUUUUUGUUUAAAUUAUAUUUUGCAAAUGAGUGCUUCGAAAAAGGUUUGCAAAGUGCUCGAUGAAUUUACUCAAUGAAUUUUUUUUUUUUUUUAAGAAAUAAACAAAUAUGUUAAUUUGUUGAGUGAAGAAAUGAAAUUCAUGGGUUUUUCUCCUCUUAAA